CUAAAGUGAGAGGGGGACUGUACUGUACAUUAACUGUCUGUAUGGUGCAGACUCUAUAACACUGUCAUGGCUAGGGCUAGGGUCAGGCAUACAGGAGUCUGCCUGCUGCUUCUGCUGAUUGUGGCACUGGUUCUCAGUGCUGACGCAGAAGCAGAGAGGCGAAGAAAGAAUCUCAGGAGACAGAAGAGAGAAUGGAUCCUGCCUCCUGCCAAGAUCAACGAGAAUACAGACUACACAAAAAGAGAGUACAUUGCCAAGAUCCGCUCUGAUAAGGACAAAGAGGCGAAGGUGGAGUAUUACCUGGAAGGGGAGGGGGCUGACAAACCCCCCAUACACCUCUUCACUGUCAACCGCGAGAAUGGCUUUGUAAGGAUCACCGGCAUCCUGGACCGGGAGAAAUUCCCCAUGUACAACUUGACUGGAGUGGCCAGGUACAGAAACAAGACAUUGGCGGAAGCAAAUAUUCCUCUGCAGAUUAAUGUCAUUGAUCUGAACGAUAACCCACCUUACUUUGAGCUGCACUCUGGGUCCAUCGCAGAGUCCAGCAAAGCAGGCACAGAAAUCAUGCAGAUCAUUGGGAAAGAUGACGAUGAGGAGGGGAGCAUGAACUCUAAGAUCCAUUACAAGAUCCUCAGCCAGAAACCAGCAGGGUCUGGAGCCAUGUUCACCAUCGAUGAGAAUACAGGGAAACUCUUCGUCAAGGAUGCCACACUGGACAGAGAGACUCACGAUUCGUACACUAUAAUCGUCCAAGGGACAGAUAUGGGCGGGGCAGCUGGAGGCAACACAGGAACAGGAACUGUGGAAAUAAAGGUCCUGGACAUCAAUGACAACGUCCCCACACUGGAGAAGGAGCAGUAUGCAGGGAAAGUUGACGAGAACAUUGCUGAUGUCAUUGUGAUGAGGAUCAAAACAGUGGACAGAGAUCUAGAACACACAGAUAACUGGUGGGCUGUCUUUCACAUCACUCAAGGCAACGAGGACGGACUAUUCUCCAUCGAGACGGACCAAGACACCAAUGAAGGCAUUCUGAAGCUGAUCAAGGCAGUAGAUUUCGAGGAAGUCCAGAAACUGGAGCUUGGACUACUCAUUGAGAACGUAGCUCCUUUUGUUGUAGGGAGUGCUGUAGCGAUGGAUGUGGAUGUUUAUGCUGGGGAGGGGGAGGGAGUGGAUGUUGGUGUAGAUAUUGGUGGAAAUGUGGGGGUGAAUGCAGGGGUGGAUGUGGAUGUAAAUGCUGGAGCUGGGCCUGGGGUAGGUGGUGGGACUGGGGUUAAGCCUGGUCCCAAUGGGAAGCUGAAACCAAAGCCGAAGCCGAAGCCUAAAGGGGGGAAGACCUACCCGAUUUCGAUCGCAAUUAACAACAUGCCGGAAGGUCCAGCAUUUAAGCCCAGCACCAAGCCUGUGCCUGUCUCUGAGGAUCCCAACAAAAUGCAGAAGGAUGGAGUGAUCGCCUCAUACCCUGCUGUGGACGGAGAUACAGGGGAGCCUGCUGAGGACGUCAGGUAUGCCAAAGCCUAUGACCCAGACAACUGGGUGACCAUCGAUGACAAGACAGCUGAGAUCAGACUUAUCAAGACGCCAGAUCGAGAGUCUAAGUUCUUGGUGAAUGGGACAUACUUUGCCAAGAUACUCUGCAUUACUCAAGAUAUGCCCUCUAAGACGGCCACGGGCACCAUAGCCAUCCAGGUCCAGGACUCCAACGACCACUGCCCCAUGCUGACCACUACCUAUGAGAGAGUGUGCUCGGGCAAACGUACAGUCAACGCCACUGCAUUCGACGAGGACAUCUCGCCCAAUGGAGCUCCGUUCACCUUCACCGUGGUGGCUGAGGGGACACGUGGCAACUGGGAAAUAGAACACAUCAAUGGCACGACGGCUGUCUUGCGAUCUAUUGAGGCGUUGUGGCCGGGUGAGUAUGAGGUGAUCGUGGCGGUAGCAGAUGAGCAGGGCCUGUCCUGCCUAGAGCCACAGGUGUUCAAGGUGGAGGUAUGUACCUGUUCAGAGGGGAAAGACUGUGGCUCCAGGGCUAUCAGUUUACUCCAGAAGACCACCUCCGCCAAAAUUGGUACCCCCGCCAUUGGACUGCUCAUCAUAGCCAGCUGUGUUCUGCUAUGUGAGUUGGGCUAUGCUAAAGACACUCAUAUUUCAUAUUGCACACACACACACACACACACACAAACACACACAGUGAAGUCAAGUCAUGCCUCACAAGUUUAUUAGGAACAC